UCGCGCUGUUUAAAAGUAAAACAGUGUAGCAAUUUAUUACAAAAUCAAUGAAAAUAUUGGAUAGUAUGUGCCGCAACGUGUUUGAAUAUCGUAGAAAAUGUUUUCAUUUGUCCCGUUUAGUGACCACCCGCGAUUGCUGUACCCCAUCAGCUGCUGGUAAAAGGAGAAUUUUGUUCUUCGGUACCGACAACUUUUCGCUUCCCAGUUUAAAGAUUCUUAAUGAAAGUUUAAAAUCAAACGGUACGGUUUCGUCCCUGGAAGUGGUCACCUCGUUCAAAGCAAAACGAAAUCCACUGAAACAAUAUUCACAAGCCGAGAGGCUCCUGCUUCACGAUUGGCCCCUUCAACGGCCCGCAGUAGACAGGGAUUUCGAUCUCGGCGUAGUGGUUUCGUUUGGCCAUUUGAUUCCCGAAUCGCUGAUAUCCUCGUUUCGAUUAGGAAUGCUUAAUGUCCACGCCAGUUUGCUUCCAAAACUGAGAGGUGCUGCUCCAAUUGUACACGCCAUCCGCAAUGGUGACGCGGAAACAGGAAUCACCAUCAUGAAGGUCAAGCCGAAUCAUUUUGAUGUUGGUGAGAUAUUGACUCAGAGAAAAGUCCCAAUCAUCAAACACAUGCUGAUGCCAGAACUUCAUAGUCAACUAGCCGAAAUCGGUGCCUCCGCUCUGCUGCAUUGUAUUGAAAACCUCGAUCACUAUUACUCAUCCUUCACGGCUCAGGAUAGUCAGAAGGCGACUUAUGCUCCAAAGAUCGACGCGCAAUUCGCUGAAAUUCGAUGGUCUGAAAUGAGCGGCAAACAGGUCUACGAUCUAUAUCGAUCUCUGUACUCUUAUAGGCCUCUCACAACCCGCUUAGGAGGCGAACCGGUUAAGAUUGUCAAGCUUUGUUACCAAGAAUUGGAGGAAGAGGAAGCAUCCCGCGAUGGAAUGUUUCUUCAAGUAGGACAGAUUCAAUACUGCCGCAAGCGGAAGCGGUUACGUGUUGGUUGUCGGGAUGGAAGCACAGUUGACGUUGAACAGCUAUCCAUCGGUGGAAAGAAAGUGAUGAGCGCACAGGAGUUCAACAAUGGGUUUCUGAGUAAGAUGGAACCCACUGCCAGAAUGUUUCAAUAGACUGUUAGAGCAAUAAAAAUAAUAGACAUUGUCGAAUGAAAGUGUU